GUUUAUGGUAGGGUAUUGUAUUGAUUAUUACAGUUUAAAACCAUUUAUCAUAUUAUUGAGAAAUACAAAUAAUGGCGAAUUUUCGUAGAGAUAAAAAAGAAGAAGAAGGUGGCGGAAUGGAAAAGUUUCGAAUGUUGGAUAAAAAUAUUAUUUUACAAGAAGUGCGAUACUUUAAUUCAAAUCAAGUAGAUGCGAAGAAAUGUAUUCUUAUAUUGAGUAAAACCCUAAUCAUGCUAAACCAAGGGGUACAUCUUACAACAGAAGAGGCUACAACCAUUUUCUUUGCGAUAACACGAUUGUUUCAAUCAAAAGAUGUGAUGCUGCGUAGAUUGGUAUAUUUGAGUAUAAAGGAACUUAGUUCUUUGGCUCAAAAUGUAUUUAUUGUAUCAUCUUCUUUAACCAAGGAUAUGACUGAGAAAGUAGACUUAAUCCGAGCUGCAGCAAUAAGGACACUGAGAACCAUUACAGACAACUCAAUGUUACAAAAUAUUGAAAGACACAUGAUACAGGCUAUACUUGAUAAGAAUCCAGCUGUUAGUUCAGCUGCAUUAGUCUCUGCUCUGCACUUGACUGCAUCAGCUCCAGAUUUCGUUCAGAGAUGUUUGAAUGAAGCACAGGUAGCGAUCACAUCUGACAAUAUCAUGGUAACAUAUCAUGCACUUGGAGUCAUUUCUGCUUCCAGACAUAAUGACCGUUUAUUUAUGGAUAAAUUGGUCAACAUGUUAUUGCAAAGGCCAAUUCAAUCGCCUUAUACAGUUUGUCUUCUUAUUCGCUAUGCUGCUAAACUAGCAGAGAAUGAACCUGAAGAAUCAAAAUCUUAUUUACAAUUUAUAGAGUCUAGUUUAUACCAUAGAUCAGAAAUAGUCAUAUAUGAAGCAGCACAUGCUGUUGUCAGUUUAAGCCAAAAUAUAAGAGAUCUUACUCAAGCAUUAUCCGCAAUACAAAUAUUUUGUCUCUCUUCAAAAGCUUCCACAAGGCUUGCUGGGGUAAGAACUCUAGCACAAGUUACUGCAAAACAUCCAAAAGCUGUGAUUGUUUGUACAGUGGAUCUUGAAAACCUGAUUUUUGACCCUAACCGUUCAGUAGCAACUUUGGCUAUUACAACUCUGCUUGCUAACUGUACAGAGAGUUCUAUUGGGCGUUUGAUAAAACGAAUCUCAAGUUUUUUGUCUGAAAUAUCAGAUGAAUUUAAAAUUGUAGUAGUUGACUCUAUUAAGAACCUUUGUUCUAAAUAUCCUCGGAAACAGGAAUUCCUUGUAUCUUUUUUAUCUGAUAUGCUCCGAGCUGAAAGGGAUGAGGAACACAAAAUGGCUAUUGCAAAUACUAUUAUUACACUGAUUGAGGAAAAUCCAGAUGCCAAGGAAAUAGGCCUAUCUCAUCUGUGCGAGUUCAUUGAAGAUUCUCAUCAAGAAACUCUUGCAGUACGUGUUUUACAUGUUAUAGGACAUGAGGGUCCUAAAGUUCGUCAACCUUCAAGAUUUAUCAGAUUCAUUUAUAACAGAAUUCUUUUGAACUCCGAACCUGUGAGGGCAGCAGCUGUUUCUGCAGUUGCUCAAUUCGGGGCAGCAUGUGCCGAUCUUCUACCUAGCAUAAAAGUUUUACUUGAUAGAUGUCAAACAGAUGAUGAUGGCGAAGUUCGAGAUCGGGCUACUUUUUAUAGUGCCAUUUUAAAUUCUGGAGACCAUAAACUUAUUAAUAAUUACAUUUCUAAUGUGCCAAUUUACAAUUUUAUACUAUUAAAAGAAGCACUUCAAAAUCAUUUAAAUACAAAUGCAGACCAGAGUUUCAAUAUGGAUACAGUUCCAAUUGUAAAAAACAUUAAAAAACCCAAGGAUCAAUUAGCACAAAUUGAAAUAUUUCCGGUAACUAUUGUUUCUCCAGAAGAACAAUAUGCAAGUCAACUUAAGGUGAUUCCAUACAUUGCAAAACUUGGCCCAAUAUUUAAAACUUGUGAACCAAUUGAUCUGACAGAACCAGGCACAGAAUAUCAAGUUAAGUGUAUAAAAUAUAUCUACGCCAAACAUAUAAUUCUUCAAUUUGAAUGUUUAAAUACACUGUUUGGUCAUCUACUUAAAGAAGUCCAUGUAUGUUUAGACAUGGCUCCUGAAUAUAAUCUUAUUGGUGAAAUACCAUGUGAAAGUCUACCUUAUGAAAAGAAAGGAAAUAUAUUUUGUGUAUUGGAAUUUCCUAAAAAUCCACUGAAUUCUGUAGCAUGUUUUGGAGCAGCUCUAGAGUUUUCCGUAUAUGAUUGUGAUUCAACAACUGGAAAGCCUUACCCUGGAGAUUGUUAUCCAGAUACAUAUACUUUGGAACCUAUAGAAAUUGGAGGUUCUGAACAAUUUAAUAUUCAACCAGCUUCUGAAGACUGGGAGGUCUCUUGGGAGAGUGCAGAAUCUCAAAAAGAAGUAAUAGAUACUUUUGUCAUGAAUGACUUUGAUGUUACAAAAGUUGCAACAGCAAUGUGUAAGCAUUUAGGUUUACCAGACUCUUCUGUAAAGGGGGAUAAUGUAAAGAAAAUCUGUGGUUUAGGGAUGUGGCGUACAGGCAUUCCAGUAAUAUUUUCAGCUAGAAUGGUACCAUCUCUAUCAGGUGUUACCAUGGUGCUUACUGUCAGAUCGCCCAGUGAUGCUGUAGCUACACUUUUAUUGGCUGCUAUUGAAUAAUCUGAGACACUAAGAUUAUCAUUAUUAUAACACUAUUUCAAAUCAUGACUUAUAUUUAUUAUUAAAAGUUAAG